AUGGCCGAAACGGAAACUAGUUUUUGGGACGAAUUAACGAGCCCCCUUAAUCUAGUGCUCAUAUUUUUCAUUGUGUACCUUCUGUACAAGAUAAUAAGGUCGCAAUUCGAGACGAUCGAGCCGGCGCGAGUUCCGCCGCCUAUGCCGAAGUUGCGUAAAGACAUGACGGUUGCCGAGUUGAAAAAAUACGACGGUACCAAUGAGGAAGGACGAGUGUUAUUAGCCGUUAAUAGCGUUAUUUUUGACGUGACUGCUGGGAAACGGUUUUAUGGGCCGGGUGGCCCAUACUCGGCUUUCGCGGGAAAAGAUGCAACCAGAGGUUUAGCAACGGGGCAGGUGGCUGCAUCAGACAAAGAAUAUGAUGACGUCAGCGACUUAGGGCCUGAUGAAGUUGCGUCUGCCAAGGAAUGGGAAGAACAAUUCAGGGAAAAAUACCACAUCGUCGGAAAGCUGUUGAAACCCGGCGAAACUCCGACCAAUUACGACGAAGAGACUGAAGAUAAAAAAUCACAGUAG